AUGUUCCAACAGCAAUAUUCUGCGGGCAGAGGUAUUGCUAUUACUACCAGCCACAAGUCGAAGGCUAGCACCCAUCAAUCGGAUUCGAAGAAGCCUGUUGCCGCCAUCUCGGGUGCCACAAACUCAUUGAUCGCAAGAAGGGUUGCUGUUAAGAAGCUGGCAACCCGUUUACCGUUCUCCUCGACCAAAGCCCUACACCAUGCAAGGAGGAUGCAGUUACUAGGCAGGAAUAGUUGGGCUCGCGGACGACACCAACAGAGGAGUUUGAACCUCCUGAGGUUUACGGUAUUGGGGUUUGGGGGUACGGAUCCGUGGGGGGAACUUGCAUUCUCGUGUGGGGAGACGCAGUGGUUUUGGAUGGGAGGGAAUAUAAUUGGUUACCUCAUGGCGGAUUCCUCCCUUGGUGGCUUGAUUGAAGAAGGCCCUCACUCGGUUGGCGAACCGGCAGCCAUAGAGUCUUUGCCUUCGUCAAACCCGAAUGGAUGCCGGUAUCUCGAGGAUAUCGCCCGGUACAAACGGGCACCGACUCCGGAUACCGGAUGUUUCAAUCUGGAGGAUCUCUUGGAUGACCUAGACGACUUUGCAUUACCCGCAGCGGAAGAUUCUGAAGCCGAUUCCUGGCAUCUCAGUUUCUGA